AUGCCUCGCCCGGGCAGGAACACGUACAGCGACCAGAAGCCGCCCUACUCCUACAUCUCGCUGACGGCCAUGGCCAUCCAGAGCUCGCCGGAGAAGAUGCUGCCCCUGAGCGAGAUCUACAAGUUCAUCAUGGACCGCUUCCCCUACUACCGGGAGAACACGCAGCGCUGGCAGAACUCCCUGCGCCACAACCUCUCCUUCAACGACUGCUUCAUCAAGAUCCCGCGCCGGCCCGACCAGCCGGGCAAGGGCAGCUUCUGGGCGCUGCACCCGAGCUGCGGGGACAUGUUCGAGAACGGCAGCUUCCUGCGGCGCCGCAAGCGCUUCAAGGUGCUCAAGUCCGACCACCUGGCCCCCAGCAAGCCCGCGGACGCCGCCCAGUACCUGCAGCAGCAGGCCAAGCUGCGGCUCAGCGCCCUGGCGGCCGGCGGCCCCCACCUGCCGCAGAUGUCCGGCUACAGCCUGGGGGUCUCGCAGCCCUCCGGCUUCAAGCACCCCUUCGCCAUCGAGAACAUCAUCGCCCGCGAGUACAAGAUGCCGGGCGGGCUGGCCUUCUCCGCCAUGCAGCCCAUGCCGGCCGCCUACCCGCUCCCCAACCAGUUGACUACGGUGGGCAGCUCCAUUGGCACCGGCUGGCCCCACAUGUACAGCCCCGGCAUGAUAGACACGGCCACCCCCAUCUCCAUGGCCAGCAGCGAUUACAGUGCCUACGGGGUGCCCCUCAAGCCCCUGUGCCACGGGGGCCAGACUUUGCCAGCCAUCCCGGUGCCCAUCAAACCCACCCCGGCGGCGGUGCCGGCCCUGCCGGCCCUGCCGGCGCCCAUCCCCACCAUCCUCUCGAACUCGCCCCCCUCGCUCAGCCCGACCUCGUCCCAGACAGCCACCAGCCAAAGCAGCCCCGCGACGCCCAGCGAGACCCUGACCAGCCCCGCCUCGGCCCUGCACUCGGUAGCCGUGCACUGA